CCAUUCAGAUCAGGUAUAUAUAUGAGCAGGAGUCGAGGGGUCUUCACGUCACCUCACCUGGACACAGAACAGGAUGCGAACCUUGGUCCUGCUAACCGUGCUGCUCGCCGCCACGUCGGCCCACGCGGACUGGAUCGACACCUUCACGAGCCAGAUUUCGAGUUUCUUCCAGACCUACGAAGAGGCACCUUACGCCGUCACCGAGAGCCAUGCCGGUUACGAAGAGCGCGUCUACCCCGCCCGGAAGUGGGUCUGCACUGAACACACGGCGCACCGAGAUGACGAAGAUGUGACGUCAUCCAUGUUCUGGAAACUCUUCCGAUACAUCUCUGGCAACAACAACAGAAACAAGAGAUCGAGGACUGUCGGCGGAUACAUGAACGAUGACGAGGAUUGGCUGGAGGAGGCCAACCGCCUUGCCGAGCUCAUCGAAGCAAAUGGCGAGACAGUUUCUCUCAGCCACAUGUACUGGUAUUGGUUUAAGGAACAUCUAUGGCGUAUCUUCAGUGUGGAGCAAUACGAGAAUUUUCCCAUCAUAUGCGCGUGUACCUGGUAUCGUCCUGCCACGCCCGCGGACCAAAAUGUCAGCCUGCAGGACCGCCCAGAAAUGACCGUGCUUACCAGGACUGUCGGCGGAUACAUGAACGAUGACGAGGAUUGGCUGGAGGAGGCCAACCGCCUUGCCGAGCUCAUCGAAGCAAAUGGCGAGACCGUCUCUCUCAGCCACAUGUACUGGAACAUCUAUGACGUAUCUUCAGUGUGGGAACAAUACGAAGAUAAUUUUCCCAUCGUGUACCUGGAGACACAGCCACCACCCCAGUGCCCAUUAAUCCUGGGCAUGUUUGACGUACCUGCCAGCGCUAUCGCCAAGAAGUUGGGCAUUUCCCUCCUUGCUCCUCCUGUCAUGCGAGGACACUUCGGAUUGCUCAACCCUUUCUUAGGUUUAAAUGCACGGUCACCUUCUGGCACAUGGGACUCUCGAAAUUUUCCUAAAGGAUACCAGGUGAAGGACACACACUUUCGUAACGAAAUCCUUUUGAAGAGGACAACGAAGGGAAUCUCUCAGUCUAGUUUUAUUCCACAACGCGCUGACAUUACUCCGAGAAUCUCGAGGAUGCGCUGCUUUUUGGUGCUGACCCUCUUCGUGGCCGCCGCGUCGGCGCUGCCGCCUUCCUGGGUGAGAAGCUUCCUGUCCAGAAAGCAAGAGGAAGCCAAGCCCAGCAAUGUCGUCGAGCAUGAGGGCUACGAGGAGAGGACAUACCCCGCCCGCAAGUGGGGUCUGCUGCACGGCGACACUGGCGAUGCUGAAGACGAGGACGACAGGGACAGGGCCAUGUUCAAGAGGCUGUACAGAUACAUCAGGGGAAACAACGACAUGCAAGAGAGACUGGCCAUGGGGGCGCCCGUGACGACCCAGGUCACCAUGGGCGAGUUCAGCAACGCCUACGAGAUGUGCUUCUACAUCGGCGAGGAUCACCAGGCCAGCCCGCCCGCGCCCAACGAUCAGCUGGUCACCAUCCAGGACCGCCCGCAGAUCACCGUGUUCACCAGGACCGUCGGCGGGUACAUGCACGACGACGAGGACUGGCUGACGGAGGCCGCCCGCCUGGCCCAGGUCGUGGAGGCGGGCGGGGAGGCUGUCUCCCAUGACGAUAUGUACUGGGUUGGCUACGACCCGCCCUUCAAGUUCUGGCACCGCCGCAACGAGGUCUGGCUCCUCAAGAACUAGGGAGGAGGUGUCGUCGAACUCCCUCUCCCUCAACUCCCGCCCUUCAAGUUCUGGCGCCGCCGCAACGAGGUCUGGCUCCUCAAGAACUAGGGAGAAGGUGUCGUCGAACUCCCUCUCCCUCAGGGCAAGGUCGCGCCACCGAGGGCAGGACGAAGGCAUCGAACAUCCGAGGAAGAUCUUUCGUUUUACUCAGAUUAUGUAUGCUAAUCAAAUUAAUUCCUGACUGUACUCUUGCACAGGAAGUGCCUUGAAAUGUCGGUACUGAAUCA